AUGUCCGCUUUUCCAGACUACUAUACCAUUCUCAAAAUAUCCAAGUCAGCCACGACUGAACAAAUCAGGCAGGCUUACAGGAAAGAGUCGUUAAAGACUCACCCUGAUAGACUCGCAAAUGCCACACAGGAUGAGAAGAAGAGAGCAACGGAAAAUUUCCAGGCCGUAGCUGAUGCCUAUUACGUGCUCUCAGAUUCGAAGCGACGCGGCGAAUACGAUGCUCUGUAUGAAUCAAAGUCGAAGAAGAGCAGCGACCCUAACUCGUCCGCGAAUUUCUUCAACAUGUUUGCCAACAUGUUUGGGGGCGCUGCUGGCGGCACAACCGGCACUGCGGAGGGAGAGCGUGCGCAGAGACCUGAUGCGAAUAACGUGUUUGGCGAUGUUUUCGAAGAUCUUCUUCGUCCAGAAGUCGAGCGGGGACUUCCAUUGUGGUCAUACAUGGGAGCAGCGUGCGGUGCGGGCAUCGGAUUCAUAAUUGGCAAUAUACCUGGCGGGCUCGUCGGUGUGUACGCAGGCAACCGACUAGGAGCUAUUAGAGACGCAAAAGGUAAGAGUGUUGCGCAUGUCUUUUCCGAGCUAGGUGGUAGUCAGAGGGCAGAGAUUCUUCGUGCACUUGCCAUGAAAGUACUGGGCUCUGCGCUUUGA